UUUUUUUUUUUGUUAUUUGUUUAUAUGAUACUUGAACCACUUGUCUUUCUGUUUUAUUUGAAUUUCGUCUGGGGAGCAGUCUACCAAACACCACUCAAGAGUGAUUCGUAUGUAGAAGCCAUGACGUUGAAAUCUGUCUAUCGUCAUUCGAGUACAACCCGCUUAUUCCAACGCAUGGAUAUAUCUACGAAAAUCAUGUCUACACCUUACACAUUAAAGAUGUCUAUGGGAACUGCAUUUAGACCCAGUCAGGAUCAACUGGAUUUGAUGGUGACUCGUUAUACUUCUAGACAACAUUUACGGUUUUAUGAUCAUUAUGAAUUACAGCCUAUGGAUUAUCCAUUACCAGAUAUCACACACCAUCCUACAGUGCUAAUAUUAUCUGAAAUGAGCUAUGAUGCUUAUACAGAGAUAGAUAAAGAAGGUCAACAAUGGUAUGACUUGGGGUCUGAAUGGGAUGUUAAUUCAACAUUUGGUUGGGAAAAGGAUGGUCUCAGAGGCCAUGUUUUUGGAAAUACAGACAACUCACACUUGGUCAUUGCAUUUAAAGGGACUACAGCUGCUUUGUUUGGUGGAGAACCUACAGGAGAAAAAGACAAGUUAAAUGACAAUCUAUUGUUUUCAUGUUGCUGUGGUAAAGUCAAUCGAGGCUGGACAGCCAUGUGUGGUUGUAAUGAUGGAAAAGAUCAGUUUGUGUGUGAUCAGCAUUGUCUUGAUAAAACCAUUAUCCAAUCUGAAUUCUACUAUGACUAUGCUAUGAAAAUAUUUCUGGAUAUAGCCAAACGCUAUCCUAAUGCAACUAUUUGGCUUACAGGACAUUCAUUGGGUGGUGCUGUAGCUACUUUAUUAGGUCAAACAUUUGGUGUGCCUGCUGUUAGUUUUGAGAGUCCUGGAGACCGACUUGCCUCUCAGCGUUUACAUUUACCUCAUGGACCAGGGGCACAAUACAUGCCCAUUUGGCAUUUUGGACAUACAGCAGAUCCUAUCUUUAUUGGUGUUUGCACUGUAAGUCAAGCAAUCGUUGCCAAUCGAGACUGAUCGGUUCUGAUUAGGGACCCAUGAGUGGCUGUUACUAUGCAGGAUUUGCCAUGGAAACUCGCUGUCAUACAGGCAAAUCAUGCGUAUGGGAUACAGUCAAGGAUUAUGGAUGGAGAGUCAAUAUUGCUCAUCAUCGUAUUGGUACAUUAAUUGAAGAUAUCCUCAAGAAACCCAAUGAAUUUCCUGUUCCUGAAUGCAAAGUACAGCAUGACUGUGAUGAUUGUGGUUUAUGGACAUUUGAAGAUGAUAGAGAUAGGAUU